UCUACCCCCAUCAUGUUCACUAAGGCUGUCGUUGCCCUCGCCCUCGUGGCCGUUGCUGCUCCUGCUCCUUCUCAGCCAGCCUAUGGUUAUGCUCCUCAGCCUGCCUACGAGGUCCCUGCAAAGUAUGACUUCAACUAUGCCGUGAAAGACGACUAUUCCGGAAACGACUUCGGUCACCAGGAGGCUCGCGACGGUUACGAUACUCAGGGUUCUUACUUCGUUCUCCUUCCCGACGGUCGUCUGCAGAAGGUCGCCUACACUGUCAACGGCGACUCCGGUUUCGUAGCCGAGGUCAGCUACGAGGGUGAGGCCCAAUACCCCGAGUACAAGCCUGCUGCUGCCUACAAGGCUGCUCCUGCCUACAAGCCUGCUCCUGUUUACCAGCCCGCACCUGCCUACAAGCCGGCCCCAACCUACGAGCCUGCUCCUACCUACGAGACCACCCCAGCCUACGCUUAAACGAACUUAAAUUGAUUUAUUUAAAACGAUAUUUAUUAAAACUGAAAGUCUAGUAA